AUGGCCGCGAGCAGUGUGGACAAUUGUGCUGACGAGGAGAAGGAGCCAGGCGACGACUUUACAAAUCCGGAGGAGGCAGUCGAGAAAGCAGAGAAGCACGAACAGAUGGAGGCAACUCUGGCUGGAGCAUGGCAACAGCUGGAGGGGACACCACGACCUCCCAGCCAUCCACGCUUCCUGGCCUGGAAUGGCUUCGGGCAUGUGGCGAGCUAUCCGGACCAAAUGCGCAUCGAGGUGUGUCGAAAUGGCGAGGAGAAGCCGAUGGGCCUGCCAGACUACGAUGGCUUACAUCUGGCUGCGAUGUCAGAAGGCGCCCUGUGUCUGGCCGCUCGGAAAACUGCAUCGGGAGGGUCUCGGGUGUUAAUACGCCCGACGCAUCGCUGGGAGAAGGCGCUCUUCUCCGCACCCCUCAGCUCUGCCGAAAGUCCUGACGCCAUCGGCUGCGGGGAGGACUUUGUGGCGGUCCUUACUUCAUCGCGACUGCUGCGCCUGUUCAGCUUUAGUGGUCUUCCUCUGGGACUUUUGAGCCUGCCUGGUCCCGGCGUUGCCCUCGCUGCCCGGGGCCGGAUGCUGCUGGUGGUAAGCCGAUCUCCUGGGACAGAAGACGAGGAUGAUGAGCUGGACUUCCGACUGCUUGAUGUAAAGUCGAGGGUCGAUCGAGCUGCUGGACAUCUCCCACUAAGCGAAGGGGCUCGACUUCGCUGGCUCGGGAUCUCAACGGAUUUUGUACCUCUGACGGUCGACACUUCGGGGGUGGUACGUGCGCUUCUUGGCAGCGGCGCCGGCUGUUCCGGCGGUGCCGGCUGGGGAAUGAACGCAGAGUGGACGCCAGUGCUCUCCCUGGGAGAGGAGGAGGGGCCUUUCUGGGUGGUGGAUGCACCCAGUUGCAGCCUUGUCGUGGUGGAGCUCUUGGACAACAAGGAGCCCUGGCCGAGACCUCAUCAGGCUGAAUCAGCAAGUUUGACAGACACACCUGGCCCGCAGCCUUUCUUCGGCGUGGGAGGAAGCGUUGCCUCGCGACGGCUGCCUUGGCGAAUGUCCUUGGGAUCCUUCCCGGCGGCGGGCGAAGCCAUCGAGGCAGCCUUUCGGGAGCAGCUGCUCCUCAAACACCUCAAGGACAUGCUGGAGAUGGAUGUGCUCAAUGAGCAGCAGCAGCAGGAGGUUGAAGCUAUGGGCAAGAGAUGCAAGAGUGGUGUGCUGAAGCUGUUUACCCACCUGGCCAAGUGUGAUGAGGUUGAGCGUGCUCAUCAUGUCGCCAGGUUCUACUUGGCAAACAUGGACGGCACGGCCAAGGUCCUGGAGAUGGCCGGCACGCUCGCAGAGAAAGCCAAGCAGCACAAGCUCGCAGAUGCGAUUGCAGCUUUGCCGCGCCCAGAGCAGACCGUGAAAAAAGUUCCGGAUCUGCCUCCGCUCUUCAAGCCUGGAGAGUUCGAAGACCCAGGCUCAAACACCCGAGCAGCCGGGAAGCCAACGUCAGAGGAGCCGAGCAGUGCAAUUCCUGAGAAGUCGAGCCGUGCAGCUGAGACCCAGGUAGCCAGCUCCGCGGUGCCAGCAUGGUAUGUCGCAGCCGGCGAUGCGCCGGCACCGAGCGCAUCCGCUGCACCCAGUGCUCCCAGCAACCCAUUUGCACGGAAGCGCCCUGCUGGGGGUGGUGGCCGCCAGCCCGCUACGCCAAUGGCGAGCGGCAGCCCAAACUCGAAAGUAGCCCGCUUGACGUGA